GGGUUGUAUACACUUCCUGCCGUUUAGCCGCUUUGUUUUAGGUCUUUUUCGGUACGGCGGGCAUUUUUCUUUACAGCUAUGUGAGGUACGCUUGUCGGACGUUGCUGUCGUCGAACAGGGAACUGUAGUCGAGGCUUUUAAGUACCAAUGGCACGGUUGUCGCGUUGCCAGUUUGCCGUGUAUUUAUUUCGGACCCGUCGGGUCCCGCUCGUGUUACGCCUGACGUCGCCAUGACGACCGAAAGCUAGCUAACGUGCCCCCCUUGGCAUUGGUGAGUUUAGCACCCAUUUUAAACGUGUGUCACGCCGUUCGUUGUCUGCUAGCUCUACCAGAUUAGAGACCGCGGCUGUAACUGAGCAACGGCAGAAGGAUGCGACGAUCCGGAGCCCCCAGCCAGCUCUUGGGUAACGCGGCGAAAAAGCCCCGGUUUGUUGCCCCCGGGCCGUCUCUGCCCGGAGCUCCUCGUCCUGCGACCGACACUGGGCCGCUGGCCCCCAGACGGGGUGUAAGCAACAUACUGAGCAAGGUCCAGAGAAGUCUUGCAACGCCCUCCUCGGACCAAGCAGAAUGUGAUGCCCAAGCACUGACUGCGAAACCCUCGCUCGGUGCUGGUCCAGCUGCUCAAGGCAUGUCAGCGGUACUUGCUCGAGUUCUGAGUGUGGCAGAAAGUAAGGAGAAUAAGGCGGGGACACAGCACCCUCGAACUGAAACGGGGGAGUAUACGUAUACGGAGGACACUGCACCGGAAGGACUGACAGGUUCCCCCCAGCUGAGGUGUGGGUCCCCUCAGAGAUCGGCGGUGGCUGUGGGGUCAGUCAGCGAUCCUGGUUCAGAGAGCGUAGGGUCACGCUGCGGUCAAGAUGGAGCAUGCUACUUCAGUGUGAUGUGGUGCAAGGCCAGUAAGAAGAAACACAAGCGCUGGGAAGGCGAUGCGGUGCUGGUGACCAGAGGGCGGACCGCUACCCUGAAAGAUAUGGAGGGCAAGGACAUCGGGAAGGGUAGCGGCUACAAGGUGUCUCAGCUGGCGUCCCUGUGCGAGGGAGAGACUCUGAUGAUCGGCGGUAAGGAGGUGGAGGUGAUGGGGGUGAUCUCCGCCGAAGACUUUGCCAAGGGACGCUGUUUCCUGGAUGCCCACAUGGAGGAGAAGAAUGAAGAACAACGUAAAACAGCACUGCCUUCCCGCUGCCUGGCGUCAAAACCGUUCUGUUGCCCAAUGCCGCUGAGCAGAUUAGAGCGACCAGGGGUCAAACCACAGGAGGAGCAGUCCUGCAAACCUCGCCAUGACCCCCUCACUCCAGGUGCUUUGGUCAUGCCGCGUCCCUCUGCCAACCAUCAGUGGACCUGGAACAAGGCGGGGCUUCCUGUGGUGGAUGUAGUGGUUGACCCCUACCUGACCGCUCACCUCCGACCCCACCAGAGAGAGGGCCUGCUGUUCCUCUACGAGUGUGUCAUGGGCAUGAGAUCCAUGUCUCACUGUGGAGCCAUCCUUGCUGAUGAAAUGGGUUUGGGGAAGACCCUGCAGAGCGUGGCCUUGGCCUGGACGUUGCUACGACAGGGCCCUUAUGGUGGGAAACCCGUCACUAAACGUGUCCUGGUGGUUGCCCCCGGCAGCCUCGUGCAGAACUGGGGGGCGGAGUUUAACAAGUGGCUUGGUCGUGAGAGGAUCAGUGUCUUCACUGUGGAUCAGGACCACAGGAUAGAGAAGUUUGUGGCCUCUCCUCUCCACAGUGUUCUGGUGAUCAGCUAUGAGAUGCUGCUCCGCUCCCUGGAGCAGGUGCAGCAGCUUGAGUUUGGUCUUGUGAUUUGCGAUGAGGGUCACAGGCUGAAGAACAGCAGCAUCAAGACCUCCUCUGCCCUCAGUCAGAUGACUUGUAAACGCAGGGUCAUUCUGACAGGAACCCCGGUACAGAAUGACCUGCAGGAGUUUUACGCCAUCAUCGAGUUCGUCAAUCCGGGGAUUCUGGGAUCGUCCACUGCUUACAGGAAAGUGUACGAGGAGCCAAUCCUACGUUCCAGACAGCCGUCCUGCACAGAGGAGGAGAGAAUUUUGGGGGAGGAGCGAGCAGCAGAACUCUCUCGCCUGACAGGCAUGUUCAUCCUGAGGCGGACCCAGGAGAUCAUCAACUGCUACCUGCCUCCGCGUCUGGAUUGGACAUUAUUCUGCGGCCUCUCCCCCCUGCAGCGAGAGCUUUACAAGUACCUCCUUUCCCACCGGGUCUUCAGGGACUGCCUCCAGGGCUUCACCCAGACCCACACACACUUGGCCUGCAUUACAGCCCUGAAGAAACUCUGCAACCACCCCGGCUUGCUCCACUCCACUAUCAAGGAGAAAACUAAAAGAGGUUCAGAAGACAACUCUUUAUACGAGGGGCUGGCUGGUCUGUUCCCAGAAUCCUACUCUUCAGGUGGAUUCAGCACGGUGGAUUCUGGAAAACUGUUGGUACUCUCGGACCUGCUGACUGCCAUUAGACAGCUCAGCCCAUCAGACAGGGUGGUUGUGGUUUCCAACUACACUCAGACGUUGGACCUGCUCCAGGACCUCUGCAUCCACCUGGGCUACACUUUCUGCCGACUUGAUGGUCACACCCCCACCAUCCAGAGGCAACGACUGGUUGAUAAUUUCAACAGCCCCAGUUCCCAGAACUUCCUGUUCCUGCUGAGCUCCAAAGCUGGAGGGGUGGGGCUUAAUCUGAUUGGAGCUUCCCACCUGGUGCUGUAUGACAUUGACUGGAACCCCGCCAAUGACAUUCAGGCCAUGGCUCGAGUUUGGAGAGAUGGACAGAAGAAGACUGUGCACAUUUACCGUCUCCUAACUGCAGGGACCAUUGAGGAACGUAUAUUCCAGAGGCAGGUAUCCAAACAGGGGCUCUCAGGUACGGUGGUUGACCUGGGGAAAGGGGCGGAGCACGCCAGCUUCUCCGCCAAUGAACUGCGAGAUCUUUUCAGCCUGACGGACACACCUUCCCUCACUCAUGACCUGCUCGACUGCAGCUGCAGCAUGGAUGGAUCAGUCAAUGUUGUGGAGGAGGGAGAGGAGUCAUCUUCUGAGAGGUCCUGCCAGCUGGGUCGCCAAGGUGACCGCAGCGUGUUGGUCCAGAAGCAUCUCAGCAUGUCAGAGCUGAUGCAGUGGAGACAUUUCUCUGGUGACACAGACACAUUCGCAGACCCUUACCUAGACCACGCACGAAACCACGUCACCUUCGCCUUCCAGUCCACUGUCUGUCACACAUCCUCAUAAACCAAUAAACAAACACACUUGACACAAAUAUAUUUAGAUUGGCUUUCCAUAGAAACUUUUACCGCUAACAUUUACUUCAGAUCUUCGUCUUCGGGCUGUCUGCAUUUUGUCUGCAGCCUGGGUUGUACUCAUUGGACUGCAAAUAUGUCCAUUGAACAAAUAAACCCCCAGCAGUUCCCAAGGCCUGCGGGACACGAUUCUGUUCUGUUCGAAUAAUUUUUUUAUGUAUUUUCACGUCGAUGUUAAGAACGUUCUGAGAUUUGUAUGAAGCGCUUCGUGAAAUGAAUAAAUAGUUUAUUAUGA